AUGAACAUGCUGCAAAGCUUCCUUUCGGAAAGGACAUUCCAGGUGUCCGUAGGAGGACAUAUGUCUCGCAAACACCAGCUGGAAAAUGGAGUACCACAGGGUUCCGUUCUAUCAGUGACGCUGUUUCUCGUCGCAAUGCAGCCUAUCUUCCGGGUGAUACCGAGAGGAGUCGACACUCUUCUGUACGCGGACGACAUUCUCCUCGUCGUACGAGGGGCAAAAAGUGAAGGACUACAUCGCAAACUACAAGCCGCCGUCAAAGCUGUUGACAAGUGGACGAAAAGCGUUGGAUUCAGCAUAUCAGCUUCAAAGUCGUACACCUUUUAUUGCAGUCCGAAUGCACGUCGAGAACCUGAACGUAACAUCGUGAUAGACCGAGUAUCCAUCCCGAAGACAAACCGUUUGAGAGUCCUGGGUGUAACCCUUGACCGAACUCUGAGUUUCAAACCUCACUGUCAAAUGGUGAAGAAAGCGUGCGAACCUCGGUUACGAAUCCUUCAGAUGAUCGGUGCCAAACUUCCACGUGGCGAUCGAAAAUCGUUACUGCAGGUGGGAUCGGCCCUAGUAACCGCGAAACUGAUGUACGGUAUUGGAAUAGUUAGCCGAGGAGGACCAGUAACGCUGCAGAAUCUCGCUCCAGCCUACCAUAAAAUGGUACGGUUUGCUUCCGGAGCCUUCGUCACUAGCCCGAUACAAUCGAUCAUGGCUGAAGCGGGCACCUUACCGUUCGAACUGCUAGCAGCACAAUCCAUCGCGCGAAUUGCAAUUCGGAUACUAGCAAAGAAUCAGAACAACAACAGCCUCCCUCUCAUUCGACGAGCAUCGAAUCGCCUCAAUGAGCUGACAAACUCAGCGCUCCCCGCUGUCGGUCAACUUGUACGGCAGACCGAUCGUCCGUGGCACACACGAAAACCUUCAAUCCUGUGGGACGUCAAAAAAUGCAUACGAGCCGGCGAUCCUCCAGAGAAAGUCCGCCCGGUAGUGCAACAACUGCUGUCGACCCGCUUCCACCGAUCAACCGUCGUCUACACCGAUGGAUCCAAACACGAAAACACUGUAGGUGCCGCAUUCCAUAACAAUGGUUUAGCGGGAAAGUACAGCCUCCCAAAGGAAUGUAGCGUUUUUUCUGCGGAGGCGUACGCCAUUAAGAUGGCUGUUUCUAUUCCGAAUAUUUCGAACGAAUUGAUCAUUCUUACGGACUCUGCUAGUUGUCUCCAAGCCUUAGAAGCUGGAACAUCUAAGCACCCGUGGAUUCAGGAAGUGGAGCAAAUAUCACGAAACAAAUCCGUCCGUUUCUGCUGGAUACCUGGACACGCCGGCAUCCACGGAAACAACGAAGCUGAUCGGUUAGCAAACAUGGCGAGAACACAACCUCCCAUUGAUGUACCAGUCCCAGGCGAUGAUGCGCUGAGAAUGGUGAUACAAAACAUUCGCCAACGAUGGAACGACCAAUGGUUCGCGACCAGAGACUCCAAACUAAGAGAAGUCAAAGACGACAACACGCACAAGUGGACGGAACGGGGAAGCACUUUCGACCAGCGUGUGCUAACACGACUAAGAAUUGGUCACACGCGGCUAACCCAUACGUACUUGUUGAAGAAAGAAGCCCCGCCCAGUUGUUGUGGAACGGUUUUAGACGUGCGACACGUGAUUUUGCAGUGCAAAAACUAUGAAAGACAACGACAAGAGAACAACAUUGACACAACAAGCUUACGAGAUGCGCUAGGAAACUCUGAGGAGCAAACCACAAAUAUGCUGAAUUUUCUUCGGCAAACUGGACUGUACCGAAAAAUUUGA